AUGCCGUUCAGUUUAUCGAUGUUUACAGCGGUUAUCAUUUCGUUCAGCAUUUUCGCUCUGCCGAGGGCUUUCGCUCUUAAAGGUGAGAUUCGGCAUUUAUCGACGAACAAAGAGUUCAUAAGUCGUCUGGAUGAAGGUCAAUUUGAAGUGGUACAUCCGUUUCAAGUCAGAGAUAAAAACGAACGAAUCGGAAUUGAUACGAGUAUACCGAAUUUCAGAAAUUAUUUUCUCAACGGCACGGUGCAUUAUAAACAAGUAACAAUUGUGAUUCGCAGUAAUGUUAUUGGUCGUCUUAAGUUGUUACUGUCGCUCAACGAACUUAUUUUUGUAAAUGGAACCGAGUUCAUGAAACUGGAUAGUCGCGGUGAAAGUUCAGUAUCGAAACGGAUUGAAAAUUGUUAUUAUCAAGGGACGGUGAACGGUGAAGAGUCUUCGUUUGUAGCGUUAUCGACGUGUAAUGGACUGCGGUACGGAUAUUUCGGUUUCGUUGAUUCGAUCGUUUCAAACAACGGUACAUCGUUUGGUUUGUGGCCAUUGGAUGGGGGUGAUCGUGGACGUAGACAUCCACAUGUCCUUUACCGUAUCAAAUGGUCAAUUGAUGCUUUGUGCAAUACUCAAUCUACGCUUGAAACAAGACACUCUCGAAAGGCUCCGAUGAAACGGGACGUGACACGACAAACCAAAUACGUUGAAUUAGCAAUAAUUGGUGAUCAUUCAUUCAUGAAGAUGCACGAUCUGAUCGAAGACGUCGGUAUUGAAUACAUGCUUGAGGCAAUCAACAUCGCUGAUUUUGUACGUUUUCAUUCUGUCCUAUCAACGGCAUUAUCAUUCGAGAAACUCGCAGUCAGCGCUGCCGAUUUGAUUAAUCCUUCUUCACAAUCAUUUCAAAUGUUCAAUCGCGAUUUGAAUGUUCGCUUAUCGGUGGUUUAUUCUGAGGAGUGGAUUGAUGCCCAACGAAUUGACGUUUAUCAAGUUAUCGAACGGACGUUGAGUGGAGUGAUCGAAUACGUCACUGGACACAUUUAUCACAUCGGUUAA